AUGGAAUCUGGAGCAACGAUUUCCGAGAAGAGAAAAUGUUUGGUGAAACAAGGAAACACACGCGAAUUAACUCGAUUCGAUUUCAAUUUGCCAGCAAGCAUUCUACCAGAUACAAAUGAUUCUCAUAAUCGUCCAGAAGAGGCUGAAGCCGGGGAAUUCCAUGUGUUGAAUCGAUCUCAUCCAAUUUUUAUUCAGUUCAUAGCCGGCACAAUGAUGAUACUGGAAAACAAUCGAGAAGUGACAAAAAGGAUAGUUGUUAAAAGAAUAAAACUCGAAAAUCUUGGCUUCUUCGGCACAAACAUCACUAAAUUUAAAGAAGAACUCCUUCGAUUGAAGUUUUUGAAGAACUCAUCCCACAUUGUUCAAGAAUAUCGUUCUUUCUACGAGACAAAAGAUGGGAAACCAGUCGUUUUCUACUCAAUCACUGAAAGAAUGGAUCAUUCACUCGAUGUGUAUUUUAAUUUCCUGAAGAAGCUCGAUGGAACAGAGAAAGAAAAACAACGGGAUCAUCGUCAUAUCAGUGCUUUUCUCACCCAAACACUUCGAGCUCUCGAUUUCCUCCAUUCACAAGGGAUCGUUCAUGCUAAUUUAAAACCAUCAAAGAUUGGAAUGAACAAACAAAGCUUUCAAUUGAAACUGCUCGAUUUUGGGAAGCGAAGACGAGGAAAUCUUGAUGAGGAAGUUCAGUGUUUGGGAAUUCCUUUUUACGAGGCUCCAGAAGUUAUCUUUAAAGGAAAUCAUUCAACUAAAAUGGACAUUUGGUCCAUCGGCGUUUGUGCAGUGGAAUUUCUCGGUUGUUCCCUAUUUUCUCCAAAGGGAGAUUCAAAAGAAGUCGAGACAAAAAUCCGUCGAUUUGGCGGUCGAAAUUCAGUUUUGAAGAGACAAUUAGAAGUGUUAACUGGAUCGGAAUCAAGUGAUACAUUCCUUCCAUCAGAUUUGCAAAUACUCGAGAGAGCGACGAUCAAUCCAGAGAAACUUCAUGGAGAAAUCCCAUAUUCAAGACUUGGACCAAAAAGAGAUCCAUUAAAUGUUCCAAAUCUGCAAUCACUAUUGGAGAAAGUCUUCGAAAUCGAUCCAAAUCGCCGCCCAAGCGCCACUGAAUUGUUGAAAAUGCCGUACCUUGAGAUUAUGAAUAGAAAGUACGAAAUGAUGGAAGAUCGUUUUGUGUCAUUUGAGGAGAAUCGAAAGAUUCAGGAAAGAGAAAAAUCAGAAUUGAACUCACUGAUUGAAAAGGAUCGUUUCUAUCGUCCACCGAAACUCAGUGAAAACAAAGAUGUUUACCAUGUGAUCGCCAGUGGAAAUUUUGCCGAUAUUAUAGAUAUCGGCCGUAAAGACGAAACAUCAGAGCCGGUGAAAAGAGAUCUCCGCGAUAUUGGAGCACUUCUCACUCAAUUACUUCGAGCUCUUGAUUACAUUCAUCAACGUGGAAUCAUACACGGGGAUGUGACUCCCCGAAACAUUGGAAUGAAUCAAAAGGAGUUCGAGAUCAAACUUCUCGAUUUUGGACUUGCCAGAGAAACAAAUCCAAAACUUGAUCACUCGACAAAUGUCGAUACACCAUACAUUUAUCAACCGUUGGAGGUUCUGAUGAAAUCAAAAUACAAUAUGGCUAUCGAUAUUUGGGCCGUGGCUUUGGUGGCGAUUGAAAUGUUGGGAAUGAAAUUGUUUAUGCCAACAGAAAAUGAUCAAGAAAUUGAAAGAAAGAUAAGAGAACGGGGAGCGGAGAAUGUGGUGAAAGAUCGAAUUUUCGAAGUUCUUGGCGUUCCGAAUGAUCAAUAUAGAUCUAUUUUUGGGGGAUCUGUUGACGAGGAACCGUCGCCCAAUCGUCUAAACCACUUUUUGCCCAGUCAUCGAAUUGGAGAAGAUGUGGAACCACUUAAAGUGGUGGAUUUCUUGGAUUUAAUCUCCCGAAUGCUUGAUCCAAACCCGGUCACUCGUGCAAAAGCGAAUGAUUGUCUCGAGCAUCGAUUUCUUUCCGCUUUGCCGAUAAAUAAACCAUAUGUGGAAGAAGAAAACAAAAAAGAUCGAGAAGCAUUAUUGAAUGGAAUGAGAAUAUUCGGGAAACCAAGCUCGAGCAAUCGGCUUAAUUCAACCUUUCUUGAUCCACUUUCGCUUUUCAAUGAC